UGUUGCAACUAAAUGAGCAUCAGGUUUCGAUAAAUUCUGUGUUUUGGCGAGUUGUAGUAAGAAUUUAUCAAUUGGGUGCAGAAUUUUCUAAGGCUUUGACUCGCCAUUUCACGAGACGAUUCCAUAGAUCAGCGUAUACAAGAUGUCGUAAAUUGCUGCAUCGUUCGUUUAGUCUGUCAACUUGUGUUGUCAUUUAAUUAUCGAUGAAAUGGCUCAAGAGAGCGAGAUUCGUAGAUCGCAAGAAUACCAAAGUUUUCGUUCUACCGUGGCAAAGCGAAAGGUAAUCGUGGAUCCUAUGACAGAAAAAAGUUGGACCAUAUACGAUGCAGGGCCUCGCAAUGUUCGCUGUCCUCUGAUCUGUUUGCCUCCUGUUAGUGGCACAGCCGAUAUCUUUUUCAAACAGAUUUUGUCAUUGUCGAGUUUGGGUUACCGUGUCAUUUCUGUGGAAUAUCCUGUGUAUUGGACAUAUGGAGAAUGGGUGGAAGGAAUGAAAAAGUUGUUGGAUUUCUUAAAAUUGGACAAGGUUCAUUUCUUCGGGGCAUCUCUUGGUGGUUUUCUUGCCCAGAAAUUUGCAGAAGCAACAACUAAUUCUCCCAGAACAUGCUCUAUUAUUUUAUGCAACUCAUUUGGAGACACAACAGUUUUUGAGCAAACAACCCUUGCUUACAUGUUUUGGGCAAUGCCCGGUUUUUAUUUGAAACGCAUGGUCAUGGAAAACUUUAAUUCUAAAAAAGUUGAUCCUGAUAUUGCAGACUCCAUUGAUUUCAUGGUUGAAAAUUUGGAUAGCCUUGAAAGGAACUCACUUGCCUCCAGAUUGACUCUCAACUGUUUAAGCUCUUACAUUGAACCACAGAAACUUGCCAAUAUUCCAUUGACAAUUAUUGAUGUAUUUGAUGAAUGUGCUUUAUCAGAAGAAGUUAAAGAAGGAUUACAUAAACUAUACCCUCAUGCCAGAAGAGCACAUUUGAAAUCUGGUGGGAAUUUUCCUUAUUUAUGCCGGAGUGCUGAAGUCAAUCUCUAUUUACAGAUACAUUUACGUGAGUUUGCUCGUACGAGAUACGCAGCUCUUGAUCCUGAACUUGCUGCUGAUGAAGAAUUAAUGUAUGUUAAUGGUGAAAAAAACGUUUCAAAGUCGAGACUGUUUGAAGAAGAUGACCAAGAAUGAUGUGUUGAACAUUGUAAUGUGUACUUUUGAAUAGGAGUAUGUUUUGUUUUCCAACAUAAUCAAGGACCCAGUAAGCGCUAUAACGCUUUGUCGCCGUCAUGUUGUUAAAGUCUAAUGUCACUUCUAAAGCAGACACGGAUUUCAUAUCCUAAAUGUCUAACUAAAUUUCUAUUUGCCUUUGCACUUCUUGUAACGGUUAGAGGAAUGCACAGAUAAUUUAUGGCAGUUAAUAAAAAGAAUGUAAGCAUCGCUAAUUAAACAGGAAAUUCGUUUGUGUAAAA